AUGGCUUCUCUAGAAAAGCACAUAAAAAUCCAUGAACAAUGCAAAUUUUCUCUUCCAUUUGAAUCUCAACUAUCUCUCCCUCUCACAUUCUUUGAUUUGUUUUGGCUAAGAUUUCACCCAGUUGAACGUGUCUUCUUCUACACCCUCUCAAAUUCCCAAUCACACCCUUCUUUCUUCUUCCAAACAAUUGUUCCAAAACUAAAAUCAUCACUCUCUUUAACUCUCCAACACUUCCUCCCUAUAGCUGGUAAAAUCGUCUGGUCUUCUGAUUCUCCAAAACCAUUCAUCCAAUUUAAUCCCGUUGACGACGGAGUUUCCUUGAUCAUAGCACAGUGUGAUGAAGAUCAAGAUGAUAUAGACUUCAAGAAACUCUUGGAGUAUAAUACACCUCAUGAAGUGUCUUUGUCUCGUUAUUUUGUACCUCACUUGGAUUCAACAGAUUCUUUUGCUUCAAUUCUCUCCAUUCAAAUAACCCUUUUUCCAAAAAGUGGUUUUUCCAUUGGAUUAAGCAGUCACCAUGCUGUUCUUGAUGGAAAAUCUUCAACCAUGUUUAUCAAAGCUUGGGCUUCAACAUGUAAAUCUCUUGAAGAAACACUGUCACCAAGUUUAAAGCCUUCAUUGGAACCAUUUUUCGGAAGGGAAGUAGUCGUCGAUGCAAAUGAUUUUGAACGUUUGUUUAUAAGUAUUUGGAGUGACAUCUCCUCCAAACAAAGAAGCUUGCAAAUUAUGCCAAACUCAAAAGCAUCUCAACAAAGCCUCGUUCGAGCAACGUUUGAGCUCAAACGCGUAGAUUUGGAGAAACUAAACAAAAGGGUGUUGUCCAAAUGGAACAUGGUGGAAUUAGAAUUAGCACAACAAAAAGAACCAAAAAUGGAAACUUCAAAACCUAAGAAAUUGUCAAAUUUUGUUCUUACAUGUGCUUAUGUAUUUGUCUGCAUUGCAAAGGCAAAUCAAGAAGCAAAUAGUGACAAAGAAUAUAAAUUUGCUUGUGGUUUCAGUGCGGAUUGCAGGGCUAGAUUAGAUCCUCCAAUACCUGAAAACUAUUUUGGAAAUUGUGUAAAUACACAUAUAGUAGAAACUGAAUAUGAAAAUUUUACACAGGAAGAUGGGUUGGUAAUUGUUGCUAAGAGGAUUUAUGAUAAAAUAAAAAAGAUGGAUGAAGGAGUUCUUGAAGGGAUGGAGACAUUGAUUUUCAGAUUAUUGGCUAUGAAGAGAGAAGGAAUACAGACAAUGGGAGUUUCUGGUUCAACAAGGCUUGGAGUUUAUGAGAUUGAUUUUGGUUUUGGAAGGCCUGCAAAAGUGGAGAUUACUUCACUUGAUAGAGGAUUAACAAUUGGAUUAGCAGAAAGUAAGGAUUUGAAAGGUGGUGUUGAAGUUGGACUUGUUCUUGAUAAAUAUGUGAUGGGUGAGUUUCAUUCUCUUUUUCAUGAAGGACUGUGCUUUGAGGAGUAG